AUGAUGACCACCGGAGCGCAGUCUUCGCCGAGCCGGGGAGGAUGGAGCAGCCUCGAGGAGGAGCUGGCUUACUACAAGUCCCAGUACGAGACGCUGGAGAUGGAGCUGCAGGAGUUUCAGGCAUCAAGCAAGGAACUGGAGGCCGAGCUCGAGCGCGACGUCGAGGAGAGCGAGAAGCGGGAGCGCAAGCUGCAGGAAAAGGCAGAGAAGCUGGGGUUCGAGGUUGAGGAGUGGAAGACAAAGUACAAGCAGAGCAAGGCCGAGGCCAACAAUGCGCAGAACACCCUCCAGAAGGAGAUUACCACGAUGCGCGAGAGCCAGCGCGCCCUCCAGAUGCGACUCCGCGACAUCGAAGUACAAAGCGACGAUUUCGAGCGCCAGGCACGCCACCAGACAUCAUCACUCGAGGAUGUGGAAUCCAAGUACAACGUGGCCAUCGAGCGCAGCGUCAUGCUGGAAGAAGAGAUCAAGAUCGGAGAGCAGGAGCGAGAAGCACUGCGGAUAGAAACACAGCGCCUUAGGGACGAGCUGUCAGACCUGCGGGUAGAGGCGGAAAUCACGCAGGAGAAGUUGCGCAUCGCGGAGGAGACGAUUGAGAACCACCACGUGCGUAAGGUAUCCAACCAUCUCUCUGGCGAUGCCCUGAGGCCACGCUCGCCGGUCUCCGAGGCAUCGACCACAGCAACCACCGUCUCCUCGCCCACGGCUGCUUCGACCCCACCACACUCGAAAGCAGAUGGCCUACAUACGGACGCGACUCCCCCUUCGCCACCGCUGUCCGACGCACCCAUCACGACUAGAUACCUGCCCUCGACGCCCAUGCCCAAGCGAAAGAACUCGUAUGCGCCGCUGGACCCAGGUGCAACCCCUCGCGCCGGCUUGUAUCAGCGAGUCCCAAGACACUCACGAGGGCCUACACCCGCAUCGCGAGCGCCUAGACCGAGCUUCGGAAGUGCUGCACCGCCGCCAAGUUUGCCUAGAUCAGGCUCGCUCGUUCAGGUUCGAGGGCUGAUUGGUAAGAUGCAGAAGCUCGAAGAACGGGUACACGCAGCGCGAUCCAAGCUCCCUGCGCCAACUACGACCCCACCGCGAGCUAGCCCGCGAAACGGCAGUGCCAUGGGACACCACGUGCCAAGUACUGUUACAUUGAGGAGCGGCAGAAAGCGCAGCUCCCACGCAUCAGCGGGCUCGUCAGUCCCUGGCGCCUACGAGUCGGGUCAGCAGACCAGCCAGCCGAGCAUCCAUGUCGUCGCAGUCAGCAAUACAGCGGCCGGCAAGCAGAAGCAGCACCCGAACGCCACUCGGACAUUAUUCGUCUUCGUCCAUCAGCGGAACGGAGCCCCGGAUGCCAAGGCCAAGGAGCUCUAUGAGCGGUCAUGGCCAUUCGCAUUCGCUGUCAAUGUCGCGGCGGGACACAGACGCCAACAGCGACGGAAGCGGCGUCUCGACACCAAUGGGCAGGCGACUUACACUGGAGAAGACAGGCAUACCUACACCAAGCGGUAUACCAAGGCGUCAAAGUGCAGGACGCAGGGCAAGCAACAACAUGGACAACGGAGACAUGGCUCCUCCUGCUCGGCCACGAAAGAUGUCGACGCAGGCGGAGGAAGAAUCAUACUAGGAGGGAACGGCGCAUUGGUAGGAAGUUAA